CCGCCUUGAAUUAAGCCCUGGUCACUAGUACUGGUCAAGUACUGGCAGGGGCUCAUAAGUAAGACUUACCCACCGCCGGAUGAAGUAUGAGCCUCAUGAUCGAAUUGGAUCCGGAUCCCUAAGCUCCCUAAAACGUUCCUUUCCACGUUACAUACCACCGCUGCCUGCAUAGCAUCAUGAUUCAUAACUUAAGACGCGUUUGGGCGCUACUCGGCCUUUUGAAUACCCUUCUCGCUCGUGCUGGCACCCCUGCCAGACGUUCUGUUGGUGCAGCAGCAAGCGUCAUGGCGUUGACGAUCGUCCUGAGGUACCUCACAGCGAAACAACCGAAGCUCAUAACGGACUACACGAAAGUAGCGAGGGAAGUCAAUGACAAUGGAGUCGAGUUUGUCGAGUGGGACUUCAUCGUUGUUGGAGGAGGCACAGCAGGAUGUGUUCUGGCAUCACGUCUCUCCGAAGACCCAAACCUGCGGGUUCUGCUCAUUGAGGCUGGUGGGAGCUCUCAAAAUGUCAUUUAUAGCAAGAUGCCCGCUGCGUUCUCGAAACUAUUCCGUACUCGAUGGGACUACAAUCUUUAUACCGAGCCCCAGCAGUACGCAGGCAACAAGAAAAAAUAUUGGCCUCGCGGCUCUGCUAUGAAUGCCAUGAUGGCACAAUACGGCGCGCCGUCUGAUUUUGACGAAUGGGCGGAAAUUUGUGGCGACGAAUCCUGGUCGUGGAACAACUUCAGCAAGUAUAUUCGGAAGUUCGAAAAAUACACCCCAGACUCGCGCUUCCCACACGUUGAUCCACUUCUCCGUGGUGCUGAUGGGCCCGUCGAGAUUGGAUACAGUGCACACUUCUGGCCGGGCUCCGAAGCCUUUGUCAAGGCGAGCAUGAACGCCGGCAUCCCUUUCUCGCCUGAUUUCUGCACGACUAAAGGAACGAAGGGGACGAACAAGGCGAUGACGUACAUUGACAGCAAGAGCACUCGUGUAUCUACCGAGUCUGCAUAUCUUACCAACGAGGUCCUCGCUCGUCCGAAUUUGAAAGUCGUCACCUAUGCCCGUGUCUCCAAGGUUCUCUUUGACACCUCCAGUGGCAUCCCACGUGCAACUGGUGUUGAGUUUGCCAGUAGAUCUCGUGCGGGCAAAGUCGGACCCAAGUUCAUUGCGCGGGCGACCAAGGAGGUCAUCGUCUGCGGUGGCGCCAUACACUCUCCUCAGAUCUUGAUGCUCUCUGGCAUUGGUCCAGGUGUGCAGCUGUCGCGUCACAACAUCCCGAUCGUGCUCGACACUGCCAGCGUUGGCGCCAACCUCGUGGAUCAUCCAUCAUUCAAUCUCCGGCUUAAGGAAAAGACGGGAACGACGUUCCGCCAUCUUACACCUCACAAUUUGCACACAGGGCUCUUAUUCAUCCGCGACAUUCUGCGAUAUGAACUGUGGGGCACUGGCCCAAUCGCUUCUAACAUCGGCGAAUCUGUAGCAUUCCUCCGAUCAGAUGAUCAGGUACUCUUCCCACCUACGGAGUACAGCCGUGAUAUCGAGGACGCCAAUUCAGGUCCAGAAGCACCCGACAUUGAGAUUAUCAUGUGUGCCGCCGCAGCGCGCUUGCACAACAUGGCCCUCAGCUCACAUCCGAACGCAUAUCAAUUCUUGGUCAUCUUAUUACGCCCCACAAGCAAAGGAUCACUCCUUCUCAAGUCUGCCGAUCCUUGGGAUGAUCCGCUUAUCGACCCUAGCUACCUCGAAACACAUCAUGACAUUGAUGUGCUCGUUCGAGGUGUCCGCGCUGCCUUCAAAAUCGCACACACAGCGCCCAUGACCUCUGUCACCGACGUGGAUGCCUCAGAUCCUGAACUCGAUCACCACUUCUCUCGUCUCAGUGACGCAGAGCUAGCUGACGUUAUUCGAGACCGCGUAGAGACAGUAUAUCACCCGAUAGGGACGUGUUCCAUGGGUCCAGACGGCGUCGUGGACUCGGACUUGCGUGUUAAAGGCAUUCAGGGUCUCCGAGUGUGUGAUGCAAGUGUUUUCCCCAAACUGGUCUCAGGACACCCGACUGGUGCGGUUAUUGCGACAGCUGAGAAGUUGGCGGAUGUUAUCAAGGCUCAGUACUCAUCGUAGGCCCUUGGUGGUAUGUUUUCGCUAUGGCAAGUACAGUGCUGAAUUUCAGAUUAUCGGCGUUACUAUUUAGUGUGAAAGAGGGACUUGCGUACCUGUAUACUAUACAUACUCAUUUAUGAUUUCACAAUGAAGUGGGUUCUCGUGAUAUCUUGAUCAUGAAUAUGUUAAAAUACACUCCUGGAAAGCAUGC